AUGGUCCGUGGCUCGAUAGCAUAUGGUCCACGGUCCAUUAGCAAAUAUGUCAACAGCCCUGUACCCACUGAUACCAAGCCCUGUACUUUACAAUUUAUCAGAGUCAACAAAGUUCAAAAUUUGAUUUUAAUUUGGCUAUUUCCUUUCUUUCGUUCUUUUUUCAUUCGUCCUUUCUUUCUUUUUCUUUCCUUCGUUAUUUCUUUCCUUCAUCUUUUCUUUCUUUCUUCUUCUUUCGUUCUUUCUUUUUUCUUUCUUUCUGCUUCUUUCCCCUUUCUUUUUUAUUUCUGUUUUCUUUCGUUCGUAUUUACCUACUUUUUUCUUUCCUUCUUUCAACCUCUCUUUCUUUUUCUUUCUUUCUUUCUUUCUUUCUUUCUUUCUUUCUUUCUUUCUUUCUUUCUUUCUUUCUUUCUUUCAACCUUUCUGCUUCUUUGCCCCUUUCUUUUAUUUCUGUUUUCUUUUCUUUCUCUGUCUGUCUUUCUUUCUUUCUUUCUUUCUUUCUUUCUUUCUUUCUUUCUUUCUUAA